ACCAGAAAGCUAUUAAGAAGGAUUCCGAGUCUGUGAUGCCACCCGAUAAUUGCGCUAGCCGCCAGGGCCUGAUAGCCGCAGAAAACGAAUUAGAAGCUGGGGCGGAGCCGGUGGACGAGACGAAUCCUCCUGGCGAGCACACUACUGUUUGCGUCAAAGAAGAACCCAUGGAAGAUAUCAUGCCCACGCGGAAUAUCGGAGACGAGUUGACAGACGAACAGAUCCGUGACGCGCUGGCUAGCAUCAAAAACUCGGAUGCAAAAAUCAAAACGGACCUCAUGUUCUCGGAUAGAAUCUUAUACAGGCGCAUCCAGAAAAUAGGACUCGAGAUCUACCCGGUGGAAGACAGCGUCAACAAAUACUUUCUCUUCUCCAGGUACUACUUCAGCAACCGAUAUGGCGGUAGUUUCGUCGCGACCUUCCCAACCAUGUCGGAGGAAAAACUGAAGGAACACAAGAUCAACGAUUGGGCGUUUCUAAGUCUCGAGUAUAACCCGCAUGCGCCUCAAGUGCCCGGAGCUCCUGGACUGUUUUAUGCGCCUCAAGUACCCGGAGCUCCCGGGCUGUUCUAUACGCCCGCUGGAAAAGCUCGUAGAUCAUGGACCAGCCGAGUAUUUGUCAGGCUCGAUUGUGGCAAGUGGCUCUACGUCGGCAAAUACACCUUUGCUCCCUCGGACUCGCUUACGCCCGAGGAAUUCGUCAGCCAGCCGGACAGGAUCAGGCGGACGUGGGCAAAGGAGAUCAAAGCACAUAGCACUUGGGGCAGCAAUAUUCUAGCGCGCGUAUAUUUUCGCCGCCAGUAUAACGGAAGAGAACCUACGAAAGACGAGCUCAAGGAGGUUUCAUUCAACAAAGCCGCCCUCAAUAGCGUCACUGAGCAAGAGAUCGUGGAUGCCUUUAGCACAGGAAAGGAAGUCUUCAGCGUAUGGUCAAUGAAGUGCAUAGGCCACGAUGCCAAGUGGAUCGCUGAGCUCAUUGAAGAUUAUCCAAAAUGGCUCGAAGAUCGAGAGGCCCAGUUGAAGAAGAAAAAGAAAGCCAAGGUGGGGGGAAAGGCGUCAAAUAGAAGGGCGAGUAAAAAAGCACCGAAACCGAGCGCAAGUGCCCAGCAAUUUAGCAAGGCUGCCGAGGCUGGUACCAAGCGCAAAGCCGAGGUCCUCGACUCGAUAUCAAGCUCAGAGGAACGCGAGCGGAUGCAUGAGACCUUGGAUGAUGAUGACGUCGAGGACAUCGAGGAUGACGAUGGGGUACAACUUGAAGUAGCCAAGCCAAUCUACGUCCCGAAGAGAACUCGCCAAAAAAUAGCGCUCGAGAUCCGCCGUCGCCGCCGCCGCUAGCAUCAUUGAGCUCAAUUCGGGGUGAUGUUAGAUGGAUUCCGUUACUCCCGCUGUCACCUAUGAUGUUGCUGAGCUGCAUGACUUUGGAUGGCGAGGCACACGCGGCGUACAACGUAUGGUUAAUUUCAUGUAGUAGCGAGUACCUAGUCACGCGCCUCAUCCAUAAAUAUCGGUGUUCAAGAUUGCUCUCGACCCGUACUGUACGAGAACCAGCGCGCUAGGCUAUGGUAAUACUGUAUCCAUUACUUAUGAGUCAUCUGCGGCGAGUCGAACCUUGCGACUCCUGAAUAAGACGGGCGGCAUCCUGCGGCCUGCCGCUGCGUUUCCCAAAGCGGCUCAAGAGCACAACACGCCCUUCUACGCUGCCUGCGAGGGUAGAGUUAGCUAUGCGCAGCAGCGUAGCUAGAUUCCGAGUGUCAUACCGUCGUUUGAGCUUGGAAAACGGGCUCGACCGGAAUAGUGCCAUCAUGUAUCAAGGACCGUUCUGUCUGCCCAACCAUCGCCAUUAUUGGCACCAUCCUCGCCACCUUGUGCCACCAUCGUUUCUCGUCUUCGUCAUCCGUCUCGGCUUCUGGAGUUUCGAUUUCUGCCUGUGGAUACACCGCGGCUAUAUAUGCAGCUAUGUAUGGCCAGCUGUUAUCGGAAAUUGGACAUUGCUCCAGCGACAGCCGAAUAGGCUCCAUCGAGCGUGCCGUGGGAACUGGAUGCUCUGGAUAAAUGGUUGCAUCGAUUGGGAUACUUAGAAAGAGGAGGUUUGGAAGAUAGAGUGCGCAGUCUCCAAGGAUCUCUAUACUUGAGAGCGAUGUACAGUCUGCGAGGGACAAGACCUCCAAUUUGGGCCACGCAGUGCCGAAGACAUGGCGAAGAAGUUCCCGGGACCAUUCGUACCCGGGAAGUGAUAUGCCAAGAUGCUGGAGAAAGGAGAGUCGCCGGAGGGGGCCUAAAUCCCACUGGCAAUCCCACCGCGGCGCUCCGCCUCUAGCGAGAUGGGGCCUAAUAAUCAUGAGCUGCGCUAAGGAAUGGAGAUUGGAAACGGUUUCCACGAGCGUGUUCAUAUUGUCCAUAUUAGAUAGCGGCUUUGAUGGGUCGAACGCGAGGCAGAGCCAAAAAAGCUUUUGAUAAGGAACUAGGCGGAGUAGAGCGUUUAUAACGAGCACAUCCUGGAUGUCGUAGACAUUCAGGUCGGCCAAAUGAGGGAAUGUAUCAGAACUAGCCACAAUGUUGGGGAUUACAGACAUAGUGCAGGGAGAACGAAUGCUGAGGGUGGUGAGGAAGGUGGACGUCGCGAGGAAUGAUACGGUUAUCGGCGUGGACAUUGGUACCCGGUAUCCCAGAGACUGUAGCUUCUCAAACCGGGGGAGAGCAGCCAGCGCGUGUUCGUCCCAGUUCGCAAGCGAAAGUGAAUGAACCUCCGGACAUUGGCUGCUCAGGAACCCAAGGACAGAGGACACGACAUCUCCGUCGUUCAAUGACAGUGAAAACUUCUGGAGCUUUGAGUUCAGCAGCACAGGGAUGUACACCGCAGCGUUCAGUGAUAUGCGACAAUUAAAGGCGAGGCUUUGAAGGUUUGGGAAAGGUGGAGAAAGGGAUGGCAGGUACAUGCGCAUUGUGCGGAGAUAAUCUUUCAAUCGUAUGGCUUGUGCAAUAUCCAAGCUCUUCACACGAGCUGCGUUAAUUAGGAAUAGAGCCCAUUCUUCGCCGACAGGACCCCGAACCAUCUAAGG